AGUCGAGUAAACAUGAGAAAAAUGACUAGCAGAAUGCAAAUAUGAACGCUUGCCGAGAGGUUGUAUCGUCAACUGCCAAGUUAUUAGAUGUCUCCAAGUAUAAUCUGCGGUGUAAUCGCAAUAUCAGCGAGAAAAUGACGAAGAAAGAUUUCAUCUACGACAUCCCAACACCGAUGCAGACCAUGAGAAAGUUUGAUAUACAAAGACAACCAAUUAUUCUACUACGACGAAAAGAUAUUGGUACGAGAAUGCCGCAUUACACUAUAAUUUCUGAGAAACGGGAGGACAAUGGCAGUGGCGAUGCGACUGUUGUUGCCGAUCGACGACGCAUUUUAAGAUACUCGUGCAAUCUUUGCCAAGAACCGAUGGCAACUUUAUUUUCUCUAUCGACACACGUCAAGUUUCACUGCCAGAGAUAUUGCAAGAUAUGCUAUUGGAUUCCGCGUGAAAACGAGACGAUAGAACGACACAUUGGCAAUUGUCAUCGAACCGUAUCAGAGAUCGCAAGCUUCUAGUGCUUGAAAACAUCGAAGUAAUAACAUCUGUUCUUAAUACCAAAUGCCUGUUUAAAAGCUAAUAUUUCAUAUGUAAUAUAUCUACACUUAAUGUUAUAACAUGUU